AUGGGCAUCCCAGCCCUCUGGGACACUAUCAAGCGCUACGAAGAAGUUAUUCCGAUUGCACAGCUCGCUGAAGACCACUACCAGCGUCAUGGCAAGCCUCUCAGAAUCGCUGUCGACGAGGCUGAUUGGCGCUUCAACAAUCUCACACCCCAACAAGUCUAUGCGAUUCGUGAUGCGACCAAUCAACAUGCAUUUCAAGGCAUUGAAAAGGCCAUGUUCUACCGCCUCUGUCGCUUCCUCACGCUAAACAUCCAACUCAUCUUCGUUUUCGACGGCCCUGGCCGCCCUUGGAAGCGGGACAAGAGAGGACAAGGGCGUAUCGAUUAUGAAGAGAGGUGGCUUCUACAGGAGCUGCUCAAAUAUCUCGGAGUUCCAUAUCAUGAAGCCCCUGGCGAGGCAGAAGCAGAAUGCGCUCGUAUGCAGAUACUUGGUAUAGUCGAUGCUGUGUGGUCACAAGAUUCUGACUGCUUGAUGUUUGGCUGCACCCUUUGGUUCCACGAUCAUCGUGUUGCGAAGAAUGAAGGCGUAACAGAUCGCUCCAAAGAGAACACGAAGAAAAAUGGCAAGUACGCCAGUGUGGUACGAGCCAUUGACAUGAAAGAAAGAUACAACCUGGACCGGGAGGGUCUGGUACUUUUCGCCAUGCUCGUUGGUGGAGACUAUGAUCAAAACGGUCUACCCCAGUGUGGACCUGGUAUAGCUCUGCAGGCUGUGAAUGAAGGGCUUGGGAAAAGCCUUUGUGAGUGUCGAAAUCAAUUUGAUUGUCAACUUUGGAGUAAAGAGUUGGCACAAUUCCUGAACACCUCCUCUCGAAGACGAAGUAUACCUGUACCCUCGAUGUUUCCAGACUAUGACAUCCUGAAAAAAUACUACCGUCCGAAAGUCACCAGUGACCAGGAACUGCUCCUGGCAUCAAGGCUCAACUUGGAAUACAUCCGCCCAAUUCAAGAACAUGAACUCCUCAAGCUGACAAGUGAAUGCUUCAACAUCUGGGGACGGCUUUAUAUGAAUUGGAUCGGUCCAGUCCUCCUUACUCGAGACCUCGUAUCAAGGGACCCGUCUAAACCGAAGGAGAUGAUGCACGAAAUUAGGGUACCUAAGCAGCGAUCCAAGAAGACAGAAGAUCAGCCACCAAUGCGAACUUUUGAGAGAAAGAUAACGUUUUCACCUUUUGGUGUCACAAGUCUAUGCAGGGAUGACUUUGAAGGCUCACAAUUUGGACACUGGAAUGGUGACGACAAGGUAUUGUUCGACCCUGCACAUCGCGUAGAAUGCGAGAUGCCUGAAUAUUGGCUUCGUAAAACUCUUCCGGCAGAGGUAUUCAACUCUUCACUUCCAACACCCAAGCCGUCUUCCAAAAGGAAGCGGACAGCAGAUGAUGUCGAGGAAGCGACGGACUCACCUUGCAACAAGCGGAUAUCCAAACCCCGCAGAGCUCUUAACUCAAAUACGUCUGUGCCAGAGUCAAAAACUCCGUCCAAGGUGUCCAAACCUGAUUUUACAAGUUCGACAAGUACACGAAAACCGAUCGAAUCCAUUGAGCUUUCUGAUUCGGAAGACGAUGAAACCCUUCGAGUUCCUUCGAUUUCCUCGUCAAAACAACCAUCUUCUAUAGAGGCUGCUAGAUCUCACCCUAGCCUUCGUCCAUCUGCGGCAUCUAAUAUAGCGGUCCCUAGCAUAUCUCAAAAAAAUUGGGAAAAUCGGAUUCCAUUAUAUCUAGCAGAUGAGGAUGAUGAUGAAGAUCUUCUGCUCGCUUUACGUCUCAGCAUGCAAGAAGCCUCCAGCUCCACAAUGCAUUCGUCGAACAAGGGCAAGUUUGACGAUAUCUUCGCAAUGAGAGAAGAAGGUCGGAGUGUAGGGGGGUCAGCUGUACCUGCUUGGUCGCUUGACCAGGCACUGAUCUCCGAUUUGCUUCUACCAGAUAUUCCAACGUCAAAUCGACAAGCCAGAAGCAUUGCGUCUACAAGUAACAAUCUUUUCCACAGUGCCACUCACGCAAAUUUGGCUAGAGCGGACUUUGCUGAGAUGCAUACCCAACCUUCUUCUAAGCGCUCCGAGGUAGUACGAAGUUUGGUACCAUCACCCACAAAAGGAGAAGAUAUCAUUGCUCUUCCGGAAGCGAGCUGCGCCACACCUACCAGACAUUCUCUUGAUGAAAUUCGAGCUGCUCGACUUCGACAUUUUGGCGCGACUUCCGUGACCAAUACCAGAGAUGUGGGUAAUGUCGCUUCAUCACCACCUAGGGCUACGCUGGUUAGCCGUGAAGUAUCUUCUGGAACUGCGCCAAUAGACAUUGAGUGCAUUGAUCUGACCGAAGAUUAA